AUUCAUAUUGUUUUCUUUUCUGGGUAUUGUUUGUUAGAUUGAAUAAUAAGAGUUUGGAUUUGCAUUGAAAUUUACAUUAAAUGGCGGGGAAUAUGGAGAAGAUGACGUCCAUUGACGCACAAUUAAGACUUUUAGUUCCUGCUAAAGUUUCUGACGAUGAUAAGUUGAUUGAGUAUGACGCUCUUUUGUUGGAUCGAUUCCUUGAUAUUCUCCAGGAUUUACAUGGGGAAGAUCUUUGUGAAACUAUCAAUUGA